CCGGCAGCCCAGCUAAGUCAGAAUCCUUGGGCUCUCGCAGCCCACCUCACCUAUCUGGCUAUGGCUCUCAAAAGUCAAAUAUCUUCAAGUCAAGAUCCAAUUCGAUAUGAUAUAUCCCGGUUCCGAUGUCGGAUCCGGGUCGAUGCCCUAAAUUAAAUCCGUCCGCAAUUCCCUACUUUCCCACAGCCGGAGCAGAAGUAGAAAGUAAAGGCAUAGACUGAUGCAGAAACGAGACCAGAGCAAGUUCACCGGCUCAGCCGGCGGCACAUCGGCACCGCCGGCGAAGAGAGGCCGCCCUUUUGGGAGCACGAACAGCAACUCCUCCGCCGGAGGCAGCGGGGGAGAUGCGGCAGCUCCUUUGAAUAUGCUUGGCCCUUCUCUCCAGGUUCACAACACAUUCGCCGAUCAAAAUCAUAAGAGGAUAGUUCUGGCGCUUCAGAGUGGGCUGAAGAGCGAGCUGACAUGGGCGUUGAACACUCUCACUCUGCUCUCUUUCAAGGAGAAGGAAGAUAUGCGCAAAGACCAUUCUCUGGCCAAAGUCCCCGGCUUGCUCGACGCUCUCCUCCAAGUUAUAGAUGACUGGCGUGAUAUAGGGCUUCCUAAAGAAAUCAGCAGGAGCACUAGAGUCCGCAAUUUAGGUGCUAAUUCUCUUGUCACGGGUUUCGGCCAUGAGUACGAGGCAUUGGGAUCGCUGACUGCUCCAUCCCAUUCUGGGUCAGUAUCUACUGCAAGUGAGGCUUUGGCCAUGAAGAAUGCAGCUAAAGUUCGUUCUUCAGAGUGGUGGUCAGAUGAGGAUGGUAUUUUUAAUUUGGAUGAUGAAGGACGGGCAGAAAGACAACAGUGUGCUGUUGCUGCAUCAAAUAUCAUACGCAAUUUCUCCUUUAUGCAAGAAAAUGAAUCUGUCAUGGCCCAACACCGGCAUUGUGUGGAAACAGUCUUCCAAUGUAUCGAAGGUCACAACUCGGAGGAUGAGGAACUUGUAACAAACGCCCUUGAAACAGCUGUAAAUUUGGCUCCUGUGCUCAAUCUCCGAAAUUUGAGCUCACAAAAGUCACCUUUCAUCAAUACACCAGAGAAAAGGGCAGUCCAAGCUAUUAUGGGCAUUCUGGGUUCUUCAGUUAAAACUUGGCAAUGUGCAGCUGCUGAACUAAUAGGACGGUUAAUCAUAAAUCCUGACAACGAACCUUUCCUUCUUCCAUUUCUUCCACAGAUACAUAAGCGUCUGGUGGACCUUUUGAGCAUACAAGCAGUCGAUGCCCAAGCAGCUGCAGUUGGUGCUCUCUAUAACCUAGCAGAAGUCAACAUGGACUGCAGGCUGAAGCUCGCCAGUGAACGAUGGGCGGUUGACCGGUUACUGAAGGUGAUCAAGACGCCUCAUCCAGUGCCAGAGAUCUGCAGGAAAGCAUCGAUGAUUCUGGAGAGCUUAGUCUCGGAGCCACAGAAUAGGCCGUUGCUGCUGAUCUACGAGAAUUCUUUCGCCGAGAUUCUCUUCUCCGACAGCAAGUACUCGGACACUUUCGCGAGGAUCUUGUACGAACUCACCGCCAGGCCAAGCAGCAAGUUUACGGCAGCUCGUGGGAUUUGGGGGAUGUAUUAACACUUAACUAUUAAGUUCCAUUAAUGUAUUAUGUACAACCUGCUGCCAGUUGAAGUCACAAUCAGUUAGGCGAUCCAGACUAAUCACUACCGACCGGCAAAGAUGAUGUUCCUGCAUUUAAAGAGCCACAGUGCUGAUUCUGUUUUUGUAAAUGCUCUCCUCACUUGUCCUGUCAUGUCUGAAUGGUCUGCAAUAUUGCGCUCUCUCCUGGUCUCAUUAAUGUUGUGCACUGUAGGUUGUGAUUGUCGUUAUUAAAGAUAACUGACUGGUCUUUGAUUCUCUUGGCCCUUCUUCGUGCCAACCUCCAGCUGUUGAGUUCAUGAAUCAGAGAAGAAACUUGCGCAAACUGU